AUGCUCGUCAAGUUCGGUGCCCUUAUAGCCUUACUGCCUCUCGUCGCCGCACAAUGCUGCGUUAGCGAUCUGCCCUUUGGCUACACGUUCAGUGCCCCUACCGACUGGGUGAGCGGCGAGCCUGCCUCCCUCACUUGGACAGCCAGCAUCGGGGACCCCACGCAGUUCGCCAUCAUCUUGAACAUAUACAACCAGACCACGCAGCAGGCGGAUCAAUGGGUGCUCGCCAACUACGUCGAGUCAUGCGCAUGCUAUGCGAGCUUCACGUUACCGGACGUGCCCCCUGCGUCUGGCUAUGAUUUGAUUCCCUCGGUGACCACGUAA